AUGGACGCUGAGGUGCAUGACGUCGUUACAGUGAGAGGUGGAUCGAAGCCCAGAAGGCCGCACAAGAAAGCAAAGACAGGCUGUCUCGAUUGCAGAAGACGGCGCGUCAAGUGCACCGAGGAGCGACCAGAAUGUCGUGCUUGUCGUCGUCGCGGAGUUGAAUGCGAAUACCCUUCAUUCCAAGGGGUAGUAUUCCGAUCGCCGUCUACACAACAUGGCGACGAAACAUCUCCCGAGUCAACUUCGUCGCAGCCGCCCAAGCAGAUUGAUACCCAGACCAUUGCACCCGUUCCAGGUCUGGUCUCAAAUGCAUAUCAGUCAGUUCUUGGGGUACAGCAACACAACAGACCAACCGUCACUUAUGGAAUGGAGGACAUGGCUCUGCUUCACCAUUGGACAGUCUCUACUAGUCUUGAUGUCUACAAGAACUCGGCUUUAUCGGCCAUCUGCCAGGUCAUAUUCCCCAAGAUCGCAUUUCAGCAUCCUUUCGUCAUGCAAGCUCUCCUAGGCCUGACUGCCCUCCACAUCGCAUACCUUGAGCCCCAGCAAAGACUGGAAUAUACGGCAGAAGCAGCGCGUUACCACAGUCAAGGUCUACAGGGCUUUAACGAAGCCAUUUCGCAGUCCAAUGAGGAGAUUGCCGAUGGUUUGUUCGUCUGGUCGUCGCUCAACCUUCUGUACGUAUUUGCGGCCUCGGGUCGAUUGGGAGAGGGCUUUUGGGACGAGUCUAGCUGGGGAGGUCGUAAGGAUCGCAUCUUGGGCGCGGGAUGGAUCCCCAUGCUUCGAGGUGUCCAGACAGUACUGGUACCUUACUUCGAGGUCUUAUCGGCGGGUCAGUUGAGAGAGGCCCUGAAUAUUGGAAAUUGGGACGAUAUCGAUCCCGACUUGGUAGAUGAUAUUGACGACAAGCGCUUCUGUCGCUUGAGGGAAAUCUGGGAGCACAAUCCAGAUGCAUCGACUUAUGAAGACAUUCUACACGUACUUAGGAGGAUCAGGAUGUUCAUGGCACAGUUCUCAACCAUGGAGGCUGAGACCCCUGGCAGUUCGGUCUUCAAUAGGGCCUGGCAGGGAGCUUUCUUAUUCGUGCCUUUCGCAUCAGAGCGGUACUUUUCUCUGUUGCAUCAGAGGCAACCGCCUGCACUCAUAUUAUAUGCCUUUUACGGUGCCUUGCUGCACUCCCUCAAUGAUUCUUGGUUUAUGGAAGGUUGGGGACACGACAUAGUGGAGGUAGUGAAUGACUUGCUUGGCUCUUAUUGGGAACAUUGGAUAUCAUGGCCACUUGUAGUAGUUGGUCUAAGAACUGGAGAUAUGCAGAGUUGA